GGCGGCUCCGAGUGGACCUAGUCAGUGCAGUCUCUGCCUGCGCGAGCGCUUUAGCUGAAGAUUGCGGAUGUCUGGGCCGCGGCGUCGCCAGCAGCUUCUGCGCUGCUUACCCGGCUCGCCCUUGCUGUUCCAGGGUCCCUGUUGAACUCUUUGGUAAGGUUUCCAGCCUCUCCCUUUGCCUGGCGGAGACUCUGGAGGAUGAAAGUGAUCACGUGUGAAAUCGCCUGGCACAACAAGGAGCCAGUGUACAGCCUGGACUUCCAGCAUGGGGCAGCCUGGAAGAUCCACAGGCUGGCAUCCGCGGGGGUGGACACCGCCGUCAGGAUCUGGAAGGUGGAGAAGGGGCCAGAUGGGAGAGCCAUUGUGGAAUUCCUCUCUAAUCUUGCUCGGCACACCAAAGCUGUCAAUGUUGUACGCUUUUCUCCAACUGGGGAGAUUUUAGCAUCUGGAGGAGAUGAUGCCGUCAUUCUGUUGUGGAAGAUGAAUGACAGCAAGGAGCCGGAGCAGACUGCUUUUCAAGAUGAAGAUGAGGCUCAGCUGAAUAAGGAGAACUGGACUGUAGUAAAGACCCUGAGGGGCCACUUAGAAGAUGUGUAUGAUAUUUGCUGGGCGACCGAUGGGAAUUUGAUGGCCUCUGCCUCUGUAGAUAACACAGUUAUCAUAUGGGAUGUCAGUAAAGGGCAGAAGAUUUCCAUUUUCAACGAGCAUAAAAGUUACGUGCAAGGAGUAACCUGGGAUCCCUUGGGUCAGUACAUCGCCACCCUGAGUUGUGACAGGGUACUGCGGGUCUAUGGCACCCAGAAGAAGCGUGUGGUUUUCAACAUUUCAAAGAUGCUCUCGGGUCAGGGGCCUGAAGGAGAGGCAAGAAGUUUCCGGAUGUUUCAUGACGACAGCAUGAAGUCGUUCUUCCGAAGACUCAGUUUUACUCCAGAUGGGUCUUUGCUCCUCACUCCAGCUGGAUGUAUGGAGUCUGGUGAGAAUGUGACAAACACCACUUAUGUGUUCUCCAGGAAACACCUGAAAAGGCCAAUCGCCCACCUUCCGUGCCCUGGGAAAGCGACUCUUGCUGUCCGCUGCUGCCCUGUAUACUUUGAACUGAGGCCGGUGGCGGAGACAGAGAAAGCGUCAGAGGAGCCCAGCCCCGAGCUGGUGAGCCUGCCCUACCGGAUGGUGUUUGCAGUGGCCUCCGAGGACUCUGUAUUGCUGUAUGACACACAACAGUCUUUCCCAUUUGGCUAUGUGUCUAACAUCCAUUACCAUACCCUGAGUGACAUUUCCUGGUCCAGCGAUGGGGCCUUCUUGGCCGUUUCCUCCACGGAUGGUUAUUGCUCAUUUGUGACCUUUGAGAAAGGUGAACUUGGCAUACCUUUGAAAGAGAAGCCAGUUUUAAGCAUAAGAACUCCUGACACAGCAAAGAAAACCAAGAACCAGACACACCAGGGAUCUUCACCAGGAUCCAGAUCAGUCGAAGGAACCCCUGGCAACAGAAUCCAAGACCCCAGCAGCCCCUGCACCACCCCCCCACCAAGCACACAGUCCCCGGCUCCGGCUCCCAUCAAGGACAGCCCCUCAGCCAUCCCAGCUGCCAAAGGCUCCUUGCCACGGCCUUCAGAUGAGAAGACCCUCCAGCCUGCUAGUCAGAACAUGAAAGCACCCCAACCCCGCAGGGUCACACUGAACACGCUGCAGACCUGGGGCAAGACAGCCCCCCGGAGAAUAAACUUAACACCAUUGAGAGCAGAUACUGGGCCAAAUCUGUUGCCCAGUUGCGGGACCGUCCCCUCCACAGAAGAGGGCCAGCCAGAGGUUCCUGGAGAGCCCCAGGAGGAGCCUCCCGAACCGAAGAGGCCCAGGCUUGAGGGACAUGAAGGAGAUACCCAAAGCCUGGGCCCCGAUGAGGCUUCCAAGUCCACCUGAGCCUGCUAUGGCCAGGCGCCGUGUGCAGAGGCGGCAAGGCCAACACUCAGAGGCUGGAGAUGGUGAUGGUGACCAAAUAAACUCUCGUGAAUUGGCUCACAGAAAGUGUGUAUGCUGACUUUGUUGCAGCAGCCUCUGUACCCUUGGUCUCAUGGGCCUCUUUUGGAUGGGUUUCUGAGACUGGAAAACCUGAUCUGCACUUCCUUUCACUCGACAGACUUUACACGCUUGUAUACUGCCCACCUUGGUAGAGGGAAGGGCCAGGAGAAAAGACAGGGGUCAUCUGUCCUACAAAUGACAAGAAAUUCAAGUGGGAGCAUGCAGUGCUCCCAGUGGCCACUGGAGGUCACUGUGCCCACUGACUGCUCAGAGGGCUGGAUGGUUGCCCUUCAUCACCCUCAAUCUGAGCCUGCCUUUGUGGAAGAUCAGGCAAGAGGUCUCACACCUAGAGUUGUGGAUCUGGUGGCUGCACCUUUGACCCCAGUCGGCUGGGCUCAGAAAACAAGAUAACAUCAGUC